CGAAGGCCUAGUGGAAGUGGAGGAGGAGACAAAUCGCGGAAUGAAUGGCGGGGCAUUGGGAGGAGCGGCGGCGACGAGGAUGAUGCUCUGAGUGAAGGCAAGCACAUGCGUGCUCGUUGCUCGCCGUGUCCGCUCUAGGCAAUCACGCCAGGUCGGUGUUGCGGAAGCUGGUGGUGUCAGGGAAUGAGUUGACGACAAUAACUCUAUUCUCGGACUGGUCAAGAAUAGGAAAUCCUCUCGGCAUUGCCCAUUGUCUGACACUCCUCAAUUUCGGCGUGUGGACCUCGUUUCCUCAGCGGUUUCUCUGCUAGCCAUGACCUUCUUGCCCAUCCUGCCUCCUCUGCCAGCUAAGUUCUCGCACUGGGCCUGAGUUGUCUUGGCAUUGUCUUCUGGAGCUGUGCGAGGGUGGUUGGCGCGCCAUGGUUUGAGUCGUCGUUCGCUGAUUGAGUUGCCUCACUCUAGAGGAUUGUCAAGAUGUGCACAGGACCGGGCUGUCGAGUUAAUGCGGUAGUCCUGCUAUUAGUGCCAUGCCUUGUCAUCACAGCAACAGCUUACCCACUUUGUGCAAAAAAUCUCGAACCGCCUGGUCGAGCAAACCUGACGUUCUGCACAGCGCCGGAGUAUGCAGCAAAUGGAUGCUGCAACUCUCGUGAUGAUACCCAAAUCAAAACCACCUUCGACGCUAUGAACAUCUCAAAUGCAAAAUGUGCAGCUGUAAUGAAGGCGAUUUUGUGCUCAAAAUGUGACCAAUACUCGGCAGAUUUAUAUGAUGUUACUUCAGCGCUUUCUAAGCCGAGACCAGUCCCAUUCUUAUGCACCAGCGGCGCCAACAACUACUGCAAUCAAGUUUGGACUGCCUGUGAAAAUGUAACUAUACCAAAUUCGCCUUUUGAGCCAGGCCUUCAGGAGCGUGGGAACAGCACUUCUAAGGCAUCAGCUUCAUUGGCAUCAUUCUAUAAAAACAAUGAUACAUCUUUUUGUAUAAGUUCAGCUGCUCCUCUUGCGGCUGAAAAUGUUUGCUUUGCUGGCACACCCAUGAAGGUUGCAGAGCCUGUAUCUUAUACUCCCCCAGCUGGGAUUUGCCUUGAAAGACUGGACAAUGCCACCGAACCAACCGGCAAAGGAUACUACCUAAAUCUUAUUCCACACCCUGAUGGAUCAGAUCGCGUGUUUGUGAACACCCAGAGUGGGCUGAUGUACAUGGCAAACGUAUCACAACCAGGCUCCGGAGGACCUUUCAUCAUCGACUACUCGGCGCCCUUCCUGAAUAUUUCGCAUCGAACCACUAGUAACGGCGAGCUCGGGUUCAUGGGCAUAGCCUUCCAUCCAGACUACCUAAAUAACGGUAGGUUCUUCAUCUCCUACGACUGCGACAGCAGGAAAUGGCCAGAUUGCCUUGCUCCAUGUGGCUGUAGCAGCGUGAAUCGUUGCAAUAUCUCUGCAUUAGGGGCCAACGCAUGUCAAUAUUCAGCCAUUGUGGCUGAAUACACAGUCAAUGCUUCAGGGACAACACCAGCUACGGCACUGCAAGCGAAUCCAGAGGAAGUGAAGAGGAUAUUUGCAUUUGGUCUUCCAUACGAGAAUCACCAUGCUGGAGGUCUCUGGUUUGGUCCUACAGACAAGUAUUUGUACUACCCACUAGGAGAUGGAGGUUCAUACGAUGAUCCAUGGAACAAUGGCCAGAAUAUAAACAUUCCGCUGGGGAAGAUGAUGCGCUUAGAUAUUGACACUCCUCCCAGUAGUACAACGGGUUUGUAUGGGAACUACACCGUCCCGAAGGACAACCCAUUUGUUGGAAGGAACAACUCGCGAGGAGAGAUUUGGGCCUACGGAUUGCGAAAUCCUUGGCGCUGCAGCUUUGACAGGAAUCGUCCGUCAUACUUUUAUUGCGCUGAUGUUGGCCAGAACUUGGUUGAAGAAGUCGACUUGAUAUCGAAGGGUGGAAACUAUGGGUGGCGGAUUUACGAAGGGACGAUGACCUUUCAACCAAGCCAGUCGCCGGGGGGCGUUACAGCUAAAAACAGCAUUAAUGCAGUAAUGCCUAUUAUCGAAUACAACCACAGUGCUGGAAUUUCUAUCUGUGGUGGCUACGUUUCGUAUUCCAGACAAGAUGCUUGUGCUUAUGGAAAGUACCUUUAUGGCGAUCUAAAUGGGGUAAUGUGGUCCGCAUAUGAAAACCCACCUCUGAGUGGCAAAUACUCUGUUAGCAACUUGCCCUACAAUUGCUCGUCAAAAACGCCAGUGCCUUGCAAUCCUGGUGCUUCUUUAGACGGAAUCAUAUCUUAUGGUGAGGAUAGCAGAGGAGACAUUUAUGUUCUCGCUGUGAAUGGACUAUACAGAAUGGUGAGCCCAGAUUUGUGUAACAUUGAGUGUACUGCAGUGUUGCCGCCUGCUCCAGCUCCAGGUCCCGGAAGCUCCCCGCCUGGGCGCUCCAGUGCGUCAUCCAUCUUCGUCCUUUUACGAAACAGUGCCUUUUGUGUGGUACUUGCAUUAUGUGCUCUUGUUUGGCUUUGAAGUCAUACAAGUAUUUCCACAAAAUGGGCAGAGUCGGUACAUACAGUAGAUCAAUCAAAUAAACCUCAGUCAAGCCUCCCUCAAGUGUACAAUAUGUUAUUGGAAAGAAUACCAAUUGAUCAUGAUAUAGAUCCAAGUUCAAGUGAGUCUGUAUCUUGAUCGCCCUAUGAGGACAA